AUGACAUAAAAAAGGGAAAAGGGUUCCUUUUUGUGGAAAAGUGGCAUCCUUUAUUUUUUUUUCUAAGGUUUUUAUUCUUCUGUCAGGGAACAAACUGUGUGCUUUUUCCUUCGAUAUAUCUCCGCUUCUAUGUGUCUCUUUUGACGAUGCGAUUACUACUCUGUCUGGGUAAAUCGAAAUGAGAGAUAGAUAAAGGCAUAGAAAUUAGGCAAAAUCCACCUCAACUGAGCCAAAUUCUUGAUUAGGGUACAUUUACUGAAUUCUUUCAUGUUUGUGGUGCUAGAAUGAUCAGCCAUCAGCCAAGGCACGACUAUUUUGUAGUGGACUGAAGAGAAACUGGAUUUGAAAUGGAAGGUCGGAUAUUUUCAGGAGUAGGAAACGGUAUUCCAGUAGAUAGCAAAAUUGUGCAGACGGUUCAUAAGAAUUUUAUGCAGGUCCAAGGUAUUUUAGAUCUGAACAGAUUGCUAAUCAACGAGAUCAACCAAAACCACCAGUCGAAAAUUCCUGAUAACUUGAGCCGGAAUGUGGCUUUGAUUAGAGAGCUGAACAGUAACAUAAGAAUGGUGGUAGAUCUCUAUGCUGAUCUCUCAAGCUCACUUACAAGAUCUAUUGAAGCUUCAUCAGAAGCAGAGUCAAGUGGAACUUUGAGAUCUGAUGGAAAAGCCAAUCAGAAGAGAGUUAGAUCUGGGUAAUUGGUAUUGGUAUAGAUUCUGCACUACUUUCUUCCUUUUUCUUUUCUUUUCUUUUUAGACAGUGUAGUAAACUGUAAAAGGAGUGUAAUAAAAGAACUAUUGUCAUAGCAAAAGAAAAGGAUUUGAUAAGACCAUGCAAACUCUUUUGCACGACUGAUACAUUUUUUAGGCUUUAAUUCAGUAUUCCCAUUGUAAGAACAAUUUGACAAAUUUACAAUCAUAUUUUGCAUAGACUCUGGUCAGAUUUUCUGUAGAG